AUGGUAUCCUUCGACGUCAGAGCGCUCUUCACUUCCGUGCCUGUCGACUUGGCCGUAGCGGCGUGCACGAAAGUCCUGCUGGCGGACGAAACGCUCGCAGAGCGCACACCUUUGGAGGUACAGGACGUCUGCGAGCUGCUAGAAUUUUGCCUAAGCAACACGUAUUUCACCUACCGCAAGCAGUGUUAUAAGCAGAUCCACGGAACUGCCAUGGGGGCUUCCAUCUCCGUUACUACGGCCAAUUUGGUCAUGGAGCUAGUUGAACAGAAGGCCCUUGCCGACUUCGCUCCCGCGCCCAAGAUAUUCGUCCGCUACGUGGACGACUGCUUCUGCAUCCUAAAUAAGAAUGAUGCCCCACGGCUCCUGCGUGUUCUCAACUCGAUAGAGGCAGCAAUACAGUUUACCGCAGAAUACGAGUGCGACAGCGGCCUUCCCUUCCUCGACGUCCAGUGGGACAGGCAUGCUAAAAGGAAAGAAAGAAAUUAG